GUCAUUUGGGUUACGGCUGCAUCAAGACCUCCUAGAAAGUCUUCAGGGAUAUCUCCACCGCUCAUGGCUGAAACUGUGGAUAAGUCUCUUUCUAAAUUCAUGCAUCCAGUGAAGGGAAUAUCAGCAGGCGGUCAGCACCAUAACAAUUUAUCAAUUCGAAGUUGA